AUGAAUGGCUAUGUGUACGCUCAACACUUUUACGGAACUGUACAGUCUCUGCACAAGCACCAUAAUCAUGCUACUGGGGAUGAGGAUGAUGCUGAACCUAUUGUAGCUCCUCCAGAGGUGGCCGAGAUACCUCCGAUCGAGCAGCAGAUAAUGAACAUGUCCAAGUCCUUCUGGCAUGAGCGUGAAGGCAGAGAGGGACGUCUCCAGCAGCUAAGAGAGAAAUGUCAGGUCAUGAAGGACUACAACGAUAAUCUUGCCUCGCAGCUAGAGGAGGCCGAGGGAUUGUACAAGGAUCUCUUUGAGAAGGUACAACAGAUGAAGGAAAAGAUUGGGUUUGAAGCCGCUGGAUUAGAGCUCGCUCAUCGUCAGGUCACCGAUGGCACCGAAUCAUCUAAUUGA